CCUAUGAAACUAUUGUCCAAAUUUGUCCUAAUUCAGCCUUUUGUCACCCUGCUUCCAAUGCCACUUUUAGGGGUUUAGCAGAAGAACGAUGAAAUUGAUUUUUCAUUCCAAAAAAUUGUUACCAUAUUCUAAUAUACAUUAAUAUAUACAGCUGCGAGGUGCAUAAUGUUCUGAUUUUUUCUCAAUUCUCAUGCAGUUGUUUCUGGGUCCUCACAUUUUUUGUUUCCGCCAUGGUGAUAAUAUGUCUACAGUGUGGUGACAAAGGAUUCUCUAACGCAUUUGUAUUUUGUGUAAAAUGUCUUGAAGUUGCUGUACAUCGCUACUGCCUUGAUAAAGUUCCCAGUACAUUUGAUGAAUUUGUCUAUUGGGUCUGUGAUGAUUGUGAGGUGAAGGUGCCAAAUGAACUCACUAUCAUGAAUUCUGUUGGCGUCUUACCUGAAAAUUGCACUAGUUCAAGACAUCUUAAAGCAAGUUCUGAAGCAAAACUUGAUAUUCCUCCAUCGAUUGCUGAGGUAGAUUUAACGGCGGUUCAAAAUAAGUCUUCCGAGAAAGAUGUUGAGAAACAUCCUAGAAUUGAUUUGGUAGAGCAUAGUCACUUAGAUAAGAAGUCUAAUCCUACGUCUCUGAUAGAUAAGAAAAACUGUAUUCAUGCUGUCGUGGAACAAGCACAACCUGUUCUUGAUCCUAUUUGGAGGGGUAGUUUUAACAUAUGGAACAAAGAGUAUAAGACAUUUGAUGGACUUGUUGCUCACCUAUCAGUCAAAGCAUGCCAAAAGGUUUUUGAAGAAGCGAAGUUAUUUUCACUUUUGCUUCACUUGGAAAUGCUUCCGAAAUCUGAUAUAUGGCCUAAGAGUUUCAAUACAUUAGAGCCUAGAGAUGAUAACAUUGCAUUGUAUUUCUUUCCUUCGGAUGCAAGAUACGAGCAGGAUUUUGAUCAUUUGAUUGAGGAAAUGAUUGGUGAAGAAUUUGCUCUCCGAGCAGUUAUGACAAAUGCAGAGCUGUUGGUUUUCACAUCCACAGAACUUCCCCUGCAUAACUGGAGAUUCCAACACAAACACUACUUAUGGGGCGUUUUUAGAGUGAAGCAGGAAUCUAGUAGCUGUCAAAUGGUAUCGAACAGGGUUAAAUCUGUGAUACUUCAAACUCCUGGGAAUGUUUUGGCUGCCGGAGAUCAUAUAAACCUUGUGAAACUCAAAACUCCGCGUGCUGAGAGUCCUAUUAGCACUUUAAGCAAUAACGUAAGCUUUGGGUCUGGCACUUCCUGAGGCAUCUGUCCUCUUCUUUUCAUGUUGAGCUUCUCAAUAUGAACUAGUAUCUGUACCAUUUGACUGACAUGAAAAAAUUGAGACCUCACGAAUGUGUUUGUGGGCUGUUGGUGAAUAACCUGGUUGAAAAAACGACAAAGCUGGUCUAAUGAUAAGAGCGCAUCACAUGAUGUGACAUGAUGUGAGAGUUUAGACGCACAUGACUGGCUAAGUGAAUUAGGGAUGAAUCCAUUAUCCACCAGAUUUCGGAUCUUUGUGCUGCUGGUUCUCAGAGAUUUCUCGGUUAUUAACAAAUAAAAACCGAGUUUUUUCUUCAGUUGAAGAACCUGAUGUCCUGUGAAAUGCUAACCAUUUGUAACAUGUCAUCUGUUUAGCUGUACGUGGUAGAUAAAGGGUGGUUGUUUUGGAAACCGAGUUUUGCUCCCAUAGUGACUCGAACAGCUUGGAGGUGAAGGUGUAUAUCAUCUUAGAAAUUCCUCUUAUCUAUUUCGGAUUAUAGGGACGAGGUUUGAUUAUGUAUAAUUUAUAUGGAUAUUAGCACGUUUGGUCUCAAUUAUUAGUAAAUUCUUAUUUUGGUCA